AUGUCAGUCAACGGUGAAUUUUUUCUAUCGAUCACCGGUUCCAUCGAGCACGCGGAGUUUUACGACGCGAAUAACGUCUAUUGCAAGUACGGGUUUCACUUUGGCCCCGAAUGGACCGUAGUCGCCGGUAUCGAGGAGGGUCUGACGCAGAUGUGUAAGUGCAGCAGCGACCCGCGAAACCUGGCUGUUUGGAACUUUCCGAUCGAGAUCACGUUUAAAAGUACCAAUCCCCAUGGAUGGCCACAAUUAAUAAUAUCAGUCUACGGCUUGGACAUCUUCGGACACGACGUCAUUACAGGAUACGGAGUGUGCCAUUUACCAUUAAAGACUGGUUACCACGAGAAAAGGGUGUCGGUGUACGUACCGGAGUCCUCUUCGACAUUACAACGAUUUGCAGCCUGGUUGACCGGUCGACGACCAGAACUAAUUGAUCCAGCGAUAUUGGCCUCCGGCGGCGGAAGAGAACUCACGCGCAUGAGAGUGGAGGGUAUUGUCACCGUAACGUUCAACGUGGUGCUGAAAGAUUUUUUCAAGCUGGGAUACAACAAUGGCGAGAAGCUGAAGAAGUAA